CGUAUUUAAUGGGGGAACGGUGUGUUUAUAUUAAAUAUACAGUGGGUUUGUAUACUCUUGCUUUCGGGGGUUUGCAUUAGUGUUGCGGAUAUGCACUUGGGUAUAUAGAUGAAUUACGGCCAUUGAUGUAGUAUCUACUUAUCGUUUGUCGUAUAUCGUGGACGCUUAUUUAGUUGUAGAGUCUUGUUUACAGCGAGAUACCCUCGCAUUUCUUGCAACAAAUUGAAAUUUCGUUUAGCGGAAAUCGUAUUUUGGAGCCGAUCAUCGUAAAACGCUGUAGAGAAAGCGCUUAUGGAAUAUUUUUCCGACGAACUGCUUCCCGGAUAUUUAUGGGAAUAUGGAUUACAUGAUGAAUUUUACGUGGAACUGUACACUUGAGGAUUAUGCGCUCUUAGAACGGUUUAAGGGAUUUGGGUACUUGAAGCCUUGAAGUAUCGUCAUUGUUCGCUUGAGAAUUCGUAGAAGGCUCUGAUGAUCAAAAAGUUAUGAGCGAAUUUCGUGCGCCGUUAUACCUAUACGAGUCUAUAACGACCCUGCCUCGAUAUGAUGCAUUUGCUGCUUUUUUCAAAAUCGUUUUCAAAUACCAAAAAUUAAUAAAUCGUUAUCUCCUUUUGUUCGACAAGAUACUCAAAAAAGUACAGUAUAAUUUACUCAAAAAAAACAAACUCUUCUACAUACCCUCACCUCCGCAUAAGCGUCACCACACAAUAACACCCCAAGCCAACCGAUCUCCUCGGCAUCAGAUCGAACCCAGUAUACAUAUAUAUAUUUCUCCGGCGCCUCCGCGAUUCAUCGCACGCGCGCGUGCCGCGCGUGUUUUUCAUUUCGCAAUUACACGCAGCAUACUCCGGUUUCUCUGCUGCUAUGCAGCAGUUAGUGCACUUCUACUCGGCGUUGCGUAUAGCCAGGCGUAUAUCGAGACGACUCUUUUAUCAACUCCGUCUGUGCACAUAAUACACACAUAUACAAUUGUUCGCAUGAGAGAUAAAAGAGAGACGACGCAGACUGGUGGCUGCAGCUAUACGACUAGCAACUCUGUCUCCCAUUUGAUGACUAUUGACUGCUGAAGCGAGAGGAGCUGACCAGAAAUAUACUUGACUCGUUGAAUAUAGCUCCAUCUUCAGAGCAGAGCCAGCCAGUGAAAGGUUGAAGGAGGAAAACUGGAUCGAUCGAAGUAACUGUUGCUGCUGCAAGCUCAGACAAGUUCCUGCAUCUAAAAUGGAUGAUGAUGAGAGGUCACCCAGAUCCGGACCCAUGGCUUCCCUCAACAACCUAUUCUCCUUUACCAGUCCUGCAGUCAAGAAACUUUUAGGUUGGAAGCAGGGUGAUGAAGAUGAAAAAUGGGCAGAAAAAGCAGUUGAAUCUUUGGUGAAGAAGCUGAAAAAGAAGAAAGGUGCCUUUGAGGAACUUGAAAGGGCAGUGAGCAAUCCAGGAACUCCUAGCAAAUGUAUCACCAUACCAAGAAGUCUUGAUGGAAGGCUACAAGUUUCUCACCGCAAGGGUUUGCCUCAUGUGAUUUACUGUAGAGUUUGGAGAUGGCCAGACCUACAGUCUCACCAUGAAUUGAAACCUCUAGAAAUUUGCCAGUACCCCUUCUCUGCUAAACAAAAGGAGGUGUGCAUAAACCCAUAUCAUUACAAAAGAGUAGAGAGCCCUGUUCUUCCACCAGUCCUAGUACCUAGACACUCAGAAUUCGCCCCAGGAAGGCUACCAGUGAACUUUUCACAGCACAGUGAAUCAACCAUGCCUCAAAACAUGUCCUAUUACUCGGAUGAUUUUAAUACCGGACGCAUGAGUAACAAUACCAGCAGCAUCGACGGAAGCGCCAACUCCCCAGUAUCUUCAUAUGGAUCUGUGUCAAGUCCCAUUAAUGCAGCCAAUAAUCACAAUCCCUAUGGAACCAACAAUGGCCUGUCAGAAACACCUCCUCCUGCUUAUUCUCCGUCAGAGGAUGGAUCUCAAUACGUACAGUCUCCAUCUCCCAACUCCAUGAUGGCCAUGGAUAUCAGCAACACACAAGACGUAGCACCGGUUCCUUAUCACGAACCUCGUUAUUGGGCUUCCAUAGCUUACUAUGAGCUGAACAGCCGAGUGGGCGAAGUAUUCCACUGUCAGUCACCGUCGGUGAUCGUUGACGGUUUCACAGACCCGCGCAACAACUCUGCCAGAUUCUGCUUGGGACAGCUAUCCAACGUCAACCGCAAUUCCACGAUAGAGAAUACGAGAAGACACAUAGGCAAGGGCGUGCAACUGCACUACGUCAGCGGAGCUCUGUUCGCCGAGUGUAACUCAGAUUCUGCCAUAUUUGUUCAGUCGAGAAAUUGCAAUACCCAGAGAGGAUUCCAUCAAAGUACUGUGAUAAAGAUACCGCCUACCUGCUCUUUAAAGAUCUUUGACAAUCAGUUAUUUGCUGAUUUGCUCGGCCAGAGCGUCAAUCACGGAUUUGAAGCGGUCUUCGAACUAACAAAGAUGUGUACGAUUAGAAUGUCCUUCGUCAAAGGAUGGGGAGCCGAAUACCACCGACAAGACGUCACCUCCACACCUUGUUGGAUCGAGAUGCACCUCAACGGGCCGCUGCAGUGGCUUGACAACGUCCUUACUCGCAUGGGUUCGCCGCACAAUGCAAUUAGUUCAGUGUCGUAAAAAAAUAAACUCUUUCUUAGAAAAUAUACGAUAAAAAAAAAAUUAAAAACUAAGUUUUUAGACAUUUUGAUGUUUUUUUUUUAACAAUGUCGUCACAAAAAUGUUCGGUUUAUCAAUUUACUUAUUAAAAACAAUUUGAAUGCACGAUUGCAUAUUAGCGCCAAUUAUAAUAUGAAAUCAUGGGCAAUUUUAAGCGUUUUUAAUAACUACAAUCAUCAUAUAUGGAGUAUUUUUGUGGGCUACUAGAAAGAAAUAUUUUUAAUUCGAAAAUUGAAUUUAGUAACAGUGAGCAAGGCCAUGCAUGUACUUUUAAUUAGGACAAUUCAGUUUUUAAGUGAUAUUUAUAUAUACUUAAAGUAAAAUUGAAUUAGCUAUUUAAUAUUACUUUUCUUCUACAAAUGCUCAUAAAAGAUGCCAUACACAAAUCUUUACAUACGAAUUUAGAUAAAGUAAUUACUUUUUUUACAGUGCAAUAUUUGAUAAACGAGCUUGUAUUCAUAACAAAAGGUUAAUGUACUGAUUUUAAUGAAGAAAAAAGACUUAAUGAAAACUUUAAUACGUAAUGCGAAAUAUUUAAUGAUGUCAAUAUUAGCUUUUUUGUGGAUUAAUGUUAGAACUAACUUUGCCUUAGAUUUGGUUUAUUGCCCUGUAAAUGGAAUGUAUAGUUAAGCUUUGUUUUAGAUUUACUUAUGACGAUAAAUACUCCUUAAAUUAAGAUUAGCAAUGUACAGAUUGUUAGAAACUUUUGAAGAUUAGAUUCUUCAUAGAUAUUGGAGAAGUCAUUGUGAAGUGAAUGAUACAUAUAUUUGCCCUUUGCAAGGGCGAUAGAUAAUAAGGUACUUGUUUACCUAAUUAAAUGAAUUAUAGCAAAAUAGAGAUGUUUAGAUAAUUUUAAUCAACUUCUAUUGCAAUGGCUUCUCGUUUUCAAAAGCUCGUACAGGUACAAAAUCGUACAGAAAAUUUGUAUAAUUGUUACACACGUGUAGUGUAGAGAAUAAUGUUUGUGCCUUUUAAAAAGAAAAAUCGACUAUUAAUGUAAAGCGUGUUCGAUAUAUUUUUAUAGAUAUAUGACAAUGUUUCCCGACUAAACGUAUCAGAAAACGAUAAAAAUUUACUUCUAUUUUGUUAGAACUCAAUCAAUGUAAAAAAAUAUAUUUUUUCAAUUGAAAAAUAAAUAAAAUAUAUAAACACAA